AUGAAGAUCAAGACAAUUAGCAGAAGUGCGGACGACUAUGUCCCUGUCAAAAGUACUCAAGAAUCGCAACUUCCGCGGAAUUUGGACCCUGCUCUGCAUCCGUUCGAAAGGGCUCGGGAAUAUACGCGGGCGUUGAAUGCGACUAAAAUGGAAAGAAUGUUUGCUAAGCCAUUUGUGGGACAAAUGGGUCAUGGUCAUCGCGACGGUGUAUACGUUAUUGCAAAAAAUUACAACGUGCUAAACAAACUGGCUACUGCCUCCGCAGAUGGGAUUGUCAAAUAUUGGAACAUGGGUACGAGGGAAGAAUUGGCUUCGUUUAGGGCACACUACGGAUUGGUAACGGGUCUGUGUGUAACUCCCCAGCAUCUGUCAGGUAGUAAAAAUUCUAAUCAAAUGCUUUCGUGUGGUGACGACCGUACGGUCAAACUUUGGUCUGUCAAUAGCGAUGAUUUCGCACAUACUGAUGAAGCAAAUGUGAACAAUGGUGACGGUUUGCUCAAGACUUUCCGUGGGGAGUUCGCUUUCCAAGGUAUCGAUCAUCACAGAACCAAAGCCAAUUUCGUGACCGGAGGUGCCAAAAUUCAACUCUGGGAUUUGAACAGAUCCAGACCCUUGGAAGAUCUUUCUUGGGGUGCAGAUAACGUAUCUACCGUCAAAUUCAAUCAAAAUGAAGGUGACGUCUUAGCAAGUGCUGGCAGUGACAAUUCGAUUGUACUUUACGACCUGCGUACCAAUUCUGCUACUCAGAAAAUCAUUCAUAGCAUGCGAGUCAACAACAUGUGUUGGAACCCAAUGGAACCAUUCAAUUUUGCUGUAGCCAGUGAAGAUCAUAACGCUUAUUACUAUGAUAUGAGAAAUAUGUCCAGAGCUCUACAUGUGUUCAAAGACCAUGUAAGUGCCGUCAUGGAUGUUGAUUUCUCCCCUACAGGUGAUGAAAUUGUCACUGGAUCUUACGACAAAACUAUUAGAAUUUAUCAAGUUAAACACGGACAUUCGCGCGAACUGUAUCAUACAAAGCGGAUGCAACACGUCUUCCAAGUGAAAUACACAAUGGACAGCAAGUACAUUGUAAGCGGUUCAGACGAUGGCAACGUACGGUUGUGGAGAGCUAAAGCUUGGGAAAGAUCGUCUGUCAAGAGCAUGCGUGAGAAAAACAAAUUAGAGUAUGAUGAGAAAUUGAAAGAAAGGUUCAAGUUUAUGCCAGAAAUCCGCAGAAUUAGUCGGCACCGUCAUGCUCCUAAGGUUGUGAAAAAGGCGCAAGAGAUCAAGCAAGUUGAGCUUAAUAGCAUAAAAAGAAGAGAAACCAACGAACGGAGAACACGUAGAGAUAUGGAGUUUGUUCCAGAGAGAAAGAAACAGAUUGUUGGGUUUGUACAUGAGUACAAGAAUAGGAAAGACGAAUCGAAAACGAAUGACUCAGAUGAAGAGUGA